UAUGGCCGCCGCCGAUUGGCUGCGCUCGGGCCCGGCCGCUUCGACUGGCCGGACCUCCUCCAACGCAGUCUCUCCACGGAGCGCCAUUCAUAAAAGUCCUCCGAACAGGACCAUGAGCGAGCAGCGCCAGCAGCCUCCGAGUCGGACUCAGCGCGAGAAGGAGUAGAGGAAGUUUUUUUUUUUCUUUUUAAUUUUCCCUCCUAGCAAUUUUUUUUCCCGUCGGUUUCGCCUCUUCCGCCCACCGGUGCGCGUUGGAUCCGUCGGCCUACUGCGACUCCCCGGCGUACGGCCCGGACCUGUGCCCCAACAUGAUCGCCACGCAGGCCAAGCUGGUGUACCAGCUGAACAAGUACCACGGCGAGCGGUGCCAGGCGCGCAAGGCCGCCAUCGCCAAGACCAUCCGCGAGGUGUGCAAGGUGGUAUCGGACGUUCUGAAGGAGGUGGAAGUCCAGGAGCCGCGCUUCAUCAGCUCCUUGAGCGAAAUCGACGCGCGCUACGAGGGCAUGGAGGUGACGUCGCCCAACGAGUUCGAGGUGGUGCUCUACCUCAACCAGAUGGGCGUCUUCAACUUCGUGGACGACGGCUCUCUGCCCGGCUGCGCCGUGCUGAAGCUGAGCGACGGGCGCAAGCGCAGCAUGUCGCUAUGGGUGGAGUUCAUCACCGCGUCGGGCUACCUGUCGGCGCGCAAGAUCCGCUCGCGCUUCCAGACGCUGGUGGCGCAGGCGGUGGACAAGUGCAGCUACCGCGACGUGGUCAAGAUGGUGGCGGACACCAGCGAGGUGCGGCUGCGCAUCCGCGAGCGCUACGUGGUGCAGAUCACGCCGGCCUUCAAGUGCACGGGCAUAUGGCCGCGCAGCGCUGCGCAGUGGCCGGCCGCGCACAUCCCCUGGCCGGGGCCCAACCGCGUGGCCGAGGUCAAGGCGGAGGGCUUCAACCUGCUCUCCAAGGAGUGCUACUCGCUCAGCGGCAAGCAGAGCUCGGCCGAGAGCGACGCCUGGGUGCUGCAGUUCAGCGAGGCCGAGAACCGGCUGCUCAUGGCCGGAUGCCGCAAGAAGUGCCUCUCGGUGCUCAAGACGCUACGCGACCGGCACCUGGAGCUGCCCGGACAGCCGCUCAACAGCUACCACAUGAAGACGCUGCUGCUCUACGAGUGCGAGAAGCACCCGCGCGAGGCCGACUGGGACGAGGCCUGCCUGGGCGACCGUCUCAACGGCAUCCUGCUGCAGCUCAUCUCCUGCCUCCAAUGCCGCAGAUGCCCUCACUACUUCCUGCCCAACCUGGACCUCUUUCAGGGAAAGCCGCACUCGGCCCUCGAGGCGGCCGCCAAGCAGACGUGGAGGCUCGCCCGGGAGAUCCUCACCAACGCCAAAAGCUUGGACAAAUUAUAAACAAACAAACAAAAAAUAUCCCCACUUUUUGGACUUUUGUGGGUUUGCGACUCCAGACAGAAAAAGGUACACCUUUUUAAAUGUUCUCACCAAGUGAAGACGGGACUUUUAUUUAAACAAAAAAAAAAUGUGCCAAGGUGAUUUCUCUUUUCAUGGCGAGGAAAAACAUAAGCGAAAGAAUGUUAAUAAAAAUGUUUAAAAUGUAGGCCUCGUAGCGUGAUUUAAAUUCAUUUUUUGUUUUUGGAAGGGGCUUUUUUACUCCAUCUCAACGUACAUUUUCCCCAUAAAAUGCAUCAUUUCCAUGCAAGUUUUUAUUUGACACGAAUCUUACCCUCGCGACAUAUAAGGGCCACCUGUUGCUCCAGAAAAGUGAUCUCGAAUUUAUAUUUUCAUAAUCUAGUCAUAUUUCUAAAUGUAAUCCUAAUUCGUUUUUAUUUUGUUGUUAAACCAGUUUCGACACUAUAUUUUCUCCUCUUAUUUUUACAUUAACAUGAUAACAAAAUGACAUUCCAGAGAGGCCUUAAUUAUAUCAAACGCUAAUAUAUUUAUCAUUUAUAAUGCCAUUUUUAUUCUUUCUUACCUUGGGAUCAAUGGCUUUGAAGCUCGGCUCUUCCUCGUCCACCUCGAAGUAGAGCUCGGAGGCGGUGAUGGAAAGAGUGCCUCGCACCACCGCCGCCGGAGCAACCAGCUGGGCCGCCGUGCUCACGUUCACCGGGCCUGCGUGGAGCGUGGGGGAAGUGUUCAAAAUUUAAAAAAUAAAAUAAAGCGGCCUGUUAAUUAAUAUUAAGAACUAUAAUUGCCUGUAAACGUAUAAUUCAUCCCAUGAGAGCGGAAAAAAUGAUUAAAGAAAAAAAGCGAAAGCCUAAAAAUACAUUCUGAUACUUAGAUAGAAAAAAAAAUGUAUACAUUCAUGUUAAUCGCCCCUAAUUUUUUCAUAUUUUUUCCACGUGCAAAAAUGCCCCCAUAAAUCAUACACGUCUUGUUUUAUUUGCCAUAUUUUUAAAGAAAGUGGGUUCAAAAAUAAAAAGUGAAAAGAAAAAAGGCAGUUGAAUGCAAACGUAAUGCAAUUCAAAGUGAAAUAUAACUGAAAUGUACAAAAAAGUACUGUACUUGAUAUAUAAAUUAAAUAUAUGUAUUAAAUGUAAAUAUUAUUUCAGCAAUUCUGUACUAUAAAAUACUUGGUUAAAGCGGUAAAAAAGGAUUAAAGAAAAAAAGCGAAAGCCUAAAAAUACAUUCUGAUACAUUAUUUGGGAAAAAAAAAUUUAAUGCAUGCGAAACCCCCCCCCCCCCUUAAUUUUUUCAGAAUUUUGCCACGUGCAAAAAAGCUCCAUAACAUCAUACAUGUCUU